AUGGAAAACAGGCUUGGAUUGGCUUGUUGGAGCUUCCUCGUCGGUGCUCUUCUCUUGUUUAUGCUCGCAUGUGACGGUGGGACUAGAAAGAUAACAAUAGCAUUUGGGAGAGAUAUUGAACUGAAAGAAGCAUCAACUGACCUGCAGAAUCUUGAAACAGAUGGCCAUGUUCUUCCUAAAAUUACCCAGGCUGGAGAAGAACAUAAAAAGAUGAAGGGAAAGCAUAACAAUCAUAUGGACCCAGAACUGAACCUGUAUUUCAUCCCAAAUGAUCUGAAAAUAGGCAAGAAAAUGCCAAUCUAUUUUGCCCAGAAAAACGCUUCAGCUUCUCCAAAAUUUCUUCCCAGAGAAGAAUCUGACAAGAUCCCUUUCUCAUCCAAGCACUUACCUUCCCUCCUGAAACUUUUCUCUUUCCCCAAACACUCCCCUCAAGCCAAGGCCAUGAAAUACACACUCAAACACUGUGAAUUCCCGCCCAUGGAAGGCGAAACCAAGUUCUGUGCAACUUCCUUAGAAUCCCUCCUUGACUCUACAAGACAAAUCUUCGGACCCAAUUCUGAAUUCUCAAUGUUGUCCACAACCCACCUCACAAAUUCCUCUGUUCCCUUACAGAACUACACAAUUUCACAAGUUAAGAGCAUCUCUGUCCCUAGAGUUAUAGGGUGCCAUCCUCUGCCAUACCCUUAUGCAGUUUUUUACUGCCAUAGCCAACAGAGCGAUACUUGUUUGUUUGUGACCAUGCUUGAGGGUGAGGAUGGAGCAAGAGUUAAAGCUCCUGCAAUGUGCCACAUGGACACAUCUAUGUGGAGCAAAGAUGUUGUGGCCUUCGAUGUCCUUAAAGUUCAGCCUGGAACUUCCCCUGUCUGCCAUUUCUUCCCUACUGAUAACCAUGUCUGGGUUCCUCUGUCUUCUGCUCUCUAAUAACAUUCACAGAAUAGUGAGAUUUAGACAUGAUAUGUUAAGUUUGUGAGGAGUCUCCGCAUCUAGCGGAGAACUCUUUUGUGAGUUUUGACUUGUAAAUAUAGUUUAUAGAUCACAUGUUACGCAGUGUUUCUUUAAAGUUGUUUGGUAAAACAGCUGAAGCCUGCCUAUCGACU